AUGGAUUCAACAUCGGAUGCUGGUGUUGACGUCAAUGUUGCUGACGAUCGCCAGCAUCAUCAAGCCCGACACAAGCCGCAGCCAAUAUCGGCACAAUCCGCUGCCAAAUUAGAAAACUACAUAGGCGAUGGUUCUUAUAGAAUGAAGAGUCGGCCAUUACAAAACUUUCGAUCUGGCGGAUUUGGUAAAUCGCCCACGACAGGACGUAUCGCAUUAAAACAAGAACUUCAACGCGAGCAUGCCCGACAACAGCAAACGAAAGAACUCCAACGACUUCAGAAAGGUUCAUUAGAUGUUAGACAGCUCCAACGCUACGCCAGUGGCAGCCAUAGGAAAGCAAUGGGGCAGGAAGACGGUGUAGUGAAUGCCAGUUUGAUGACAUCGUCGUCUUUACCUAGCGAAUUAUAUACGAUGAAAUCGAAGCUGGAUAAGCCUAUAGACUUUCAUGUGGGCAAGCUCAACAAGACACAACAUCAGCCAGCUAAUUUGGGUUUAUCAUCGACUUAUGCCGGAUCUACCGGUAAUAGAAUUAUAGGCGAUAUUCCGGAGGAUAAAGAUGCCGAUAUGUCUUCGUGCUUUUCCGAUGGAUCAAAAUUAAAUGUUGAUCAAGAGGUAGACGACAUGGCUUUAGAAGACCUGAUCAGCUUGGAAUCUAGUAUAAAUUCACCAUCUGUUCCGUUAUCUGCGACAUUACAGGAAUCAUGCAACUUCUUUGAUGGCUCAUUUGACAACGUUAAUGCCCCUUCGCUAACACAAAAUGUGUCCUACUCCUGUCCACCUGAUGUACAUGUAAAGCAAGAACCUGAAGUUGCAUCGAACUUUAUUGAGAAAGUUUUGAAAGAUAGACAAAAGAAAGACAACCACAACCUAAUUGAAAGAAGGAGAAGAUUUAAUAUAAAUGAUCGAAUAAAAGAGUUAGGUGCUCUACUUCCGAAGCAGGACGCGGACAUGAAAACAAAUAAAGGAAUUAUUCUCAAGGCGACUGUGGAUUACGUUAAAAAGCUUCAAAGGGAAAUUGUUAGAUUACGGCAACUAGAAGAAAAACAGCAUCAAUUAGAAGCUACAAAUAAGAGAUUAUUAUUAAGGAUACAGGAAUUGGAAAUGCAUGCAAGAGCACAUGGAAUUCCAACCACUCCUUUAACGUCGGAUACAACAACUGAAAAUAUUACCAGUAGCGCAUCUGUACAGUCCAUAUUAAGUACUGGUAUUUUGCCGGAAAUAAUGCAGCCCACUACGCACACUUCGCAAGCUUUCUCAUCAACUACAGCUUCAACUAGGGAUGAACUAAUGGACGUUGGUGAUGAUCCUAUUAUAACUUCAGUUAGCGUUAGCAGAAAUAAGUUUACUCCAAUUCUAUUGGCUUUGUUAUUUGUAAUUAGGUUUUACCCUGAUCGUGCUAAAUUAAGGAUUUAUGAAAAUCUUAAAGAUCGUAAUUGUCAAAAGAUAAGUCGUUGCAGUCAAACAACUGCCAUUCGAACGCCUUUUAAACGAAGAAUGUAG